AUGAAGACAGAUAACUUUGUGUGGAGUGAUCCUGCUAAUCAAGUGUUUGAGGAUCUCAAAAGGAAGUUAGCUGAGCCGCCCGUGCUUGCUGCUCCCAUUGAGAAAGAGCCUUUGCUCUUGUAUGUGGCGGCUAAUAGUAAGGCUGUCAGUGUGGCAGUUGUGGUGGAGCGCAAGGAGGCGGUUUGGGGGCUUGAUAUGGUUGGACCAUUCAAGAGGUCUAUAGAUAAGAAGACCCACCUUUUGGUGGCAGUUGACAAGUUUACUAAGUGGGUUGAGGCGGAGCCCGUUAGCAAUUGUGAAGUAGCCACAGCUAUUCAGUUUGUUAAAAAGUUGAUCUUCCGUUUUGGAUACCCUCAUAGUAUCAUCACUGAUAAUGGCACUAAUAUUUCUAAGGGUGCUAUGAAGGAGUUUUGCCAAAGGGAGCACAUUCGUAUUGAUGUUUCCUCCGUGGCUCAUCCACAGUCCAAUGGACAAGCUGAAUGA